AUUGGCUUUUAUUUCACGAUGUACGAGAGCGUGGACGUUGUGGGACUGACCCCUAGCCCGAACCCGUUUUUAAGCAUGGAUUACUACCACCAGAACCGCGGCUGUUUGAUCCCGGAUAAAGGCCUCGUGUCGGGAGCGGCCCGCGGGUUCAGGAACCCUCACUGGAGCGGCUCGAAUCACUCUGUGGAGACCCAGAGCACAAGCUCAGAGGAGAUCGUACCCAGCCCUCCUUCACCGCCACCUCCACCACGGGUCUACAAGCCCUGUUUUGUCUGCCAGGACAAGUCCUCGGGCUACCACUAUGGAGUCAGCGCAUGUGAAGGGUGUAAGGGUUUUUUCCGGAGAAGCAUUCAGAAGAACAUGGUGUACACCUGCCACAGAGAGAAGAGCUGUAUCAUCAACAAGGUCACCCGAAACCGCUGCCAGUACUGCCGACUGCAGAAGUGCCUGGAAGUGGGCAUGUCUAAAGAAUCUGUUAGGAACGACCGGAACAAAAGGAAGAAAGACGACAAGAAGCAAGAAUGUUUGGAAAAUUACGUCUUAAGUCCAGAUACGGAGAAGAUGAUCGAGCAGGUGAGGAAGGCCCAUCAGGAAACCUUCCCCUCGCUCUGUCAGCUGGGAAAAUACACCACGAACAACAGCGCAGACCACAGGGUGGCUCUGGAUGUCGACCUGUGGGACAAAUUUAGCGAGCUCUCCACCAAAUGCAUCAUUAAAACAGUGGAGUUCGCCAAGCAGUUACCCGGCUUCACCACGCUCACCAUCGCAGAUCAGAUCACCCUGUUAAAGGCCGCCUGUCUCGACAUCCUGAUCCUGCGAAUAUGUACACGCUACACACCCGAUCAGGACACCAUGACGUUUUCAGAUGGUCUGACACUGAACCGCACACAGAUGCACAACGCCGGCUUUGGCCCUCUCACAGAUCUGGUGUUCGCUUUCGCCAACCAGCUUCUGCCUCUGGAGAUGGAUGAUGCAGAGACUGGGCUUCUUAGCGCCAUCUGUCUGCUGUGUGGAGAUCGGCAGGAUCUAGAGCAGUCUGAUAAGGUGGAUGAACUUCAGGAGCCCUUGCUGGAGGCCCUGAAGAUCUACGUGAGAAAUCGGAGACCUCAUAAACCACACAUGUUCCCUAAGAUGCUGAUGAAGAUCACAGACCUGAGGAGCAUCAGCGCUAAAGGAGCGGAGCGAGUAAUAACGCUGAAAAUGGAGAUCCCAGGCUCCAUGCCUCCGCUCAUUCAGGAGAUGCUGGAAAAUUCAGAGGGUCUGGAGGGAGGCGGGUCGAAAGGAGCUGGAGGAGGUGGUGGUGGUGGUGGUGGAAAGGGAGCUCCACCAGGAAGCUGCAGCCCCAGUUUGUCUCCCAGUUCGGCACACAGCAGCCCCUCGGCUCACUCUCCUUGACUUUCAUCUCCAGACAAACCUCCAUACAGAAUUAAACUGGUUCCUAACCAGAAAUAAGCCACAGCCGACCAGCGCCAGAGAGCAGAAUUCCGGUAGACUUUGACCCGGACUGAACAGUAAAUCUGGCCAGCUUUCAUUCGCUGAAGUCCAGUAGAGUUACACACAGGCCGAGCCUGAUCAAAAGUCACACCGUCAUUAAAACCUCCAGUGAUUCAGCGACUACAAGAGCCUUUUCACGUGGCGCUGCUUCACAGAGAUGACAGAACAAACGCCCUGUGUGCGCAAGCGGCUCUUUACUGUGUCUUCCCGGCUCUGCUCCCAUCACGCGAACUGUGAAGGCCCAGGGAAGCUCGUCUGAAGGACGCGUUCUCUCGGCCUCAGCGUUAUUUUAUAAACUUCAAUCCCUUAAAGCAAGCUAAAGGACUUUAGGACGUCAGCUGUCCACAAGUCAGGGACAUUUUGAACUUUCCAGCUGUUUUGGUUCUGUUUCUUUGUUUUCGUACAAAAGAUAUAUGAAUAUAUGAAAUCUAUAUUGACAGAAAUAUGAGAUUUGACUCUUUUGGUCUUAGGUGGAAUGCAGAACAUUUCUUAUCUUUUUCUCUCACUUUUUGUCUCAAGAGUUGAACAUGGUUAUGGUCGACCCACUGUUACCUUCACUCCAAGACAGUCCUGUUCACGUCACGCACAAGGGCACGUCGCACUGAAAAUGAUGUGUGCGCUUCAAUCAAGAUGGGGUAAAACACAGUUUUGUCCGGACGAUUUGGAGAUAUGACACUUCAUCAGAAAUGAAGGAUCCCCUGUAAACAAGCGGCUUGUGAUUAUGAUGUGUGUGAGAUCUCGGUUUUAACGGAGUGGCGAAUGCCUUCCUGUAGCUUUUAAUAUUGCUUUUUUUUUUGCUUUUCAUUUUGUAAUUGUCACCUGUCGAAAGACACAGAGACCCCCUUCUAAACAGUAUUAGCUGAUUACAAAAUAAAAGAGAUUUCCAAAAAUAACGAUUCACUAAGAAAAAUGUGUAUUUUUAGCUAAAUGCAUUUCAGAAGUAUUAAGAAUGUUGAGCAUUUCACACAGAACCAUGUUUUUGUUACACGUCCGGCACCUGGAUCUUGAAGCCCUGUUAUUGGUCGAUUCGUUUCUAAUCAUCCGUCACGUGUCCUGAGAUGCUUCCACCGCCGCUUCCUCUUCUUCUGUACUUUACAACAUCACUGCCUCUGCUCUCCUGCAACAAUCAUUGAACAGCAGUCAACAACAACACUGCCUCUGUGUGACAAUCACUUCAAGUAAAGCUCACAAACAACUCUGCCUCUGUAACACACUGAUCCCUACAGAACACUGGAUUCAUGAGGCCACUCACACACAUACAGAUCUGACACUAUUACAGCUGUAGAAAAAAAAA